CAAACAUUAGGUUUAUCAAAAAUGUCGCAGUCGUUUUCCAACGCUGAACUGCAUCGUAUGUGAGAAUAAAUUUCGGACAUUCUGUAUAUCUGUAUAGGCUACACCUUCGGUCCUCAACUCUUCAUUCCACAAGCGCAAUGGUUGAAGUCAUAGGCAGUGUCCAACAUCUGUACAAAUACGCUGUGGAUGAUCUGGCGGAUUUGAGAACAAACGAUUACUUGUUCGCUGCAUCGCCAUGGAGACCUAUAGGAAUCUUCCUUAUUUAUCUUCUGGUAGUGAAGAAGAUACUACCAGAUUUCAUGAGGAAGAGGGAGGCAAUGAAAAUCGACUCUCUGAUCCUCUUUUACAACUUCACCCAGAUCACUUUCAAUGGAUACCUGUUGUACAAGGUUAUUCCGUUGACAUUCAAAAUGUCACCAUUCUGUUCCCCAGUUGAUUAUUCGGAUAAUCCAGAUUCGAGGCUUCAACUGGACCUGUGCUACCUCUACUACAUACUUAAGAUAUACGAUUUGUUGGACACUGUUUUCUUCAUUCUGAGAAAGAAGGAUAGGCAAGUUACCUUCCUCCAUAUUUACCACCAUGGGAUGAUGGUCACUUUUCCAUGGCUGGCACUCAGAUACGUGCCUGGUGGUAACACUUUGUUCGUAGGGGUUUGCAACACCAUCGUCCACAUCGUUAUGUACUUUUACUAUGGGGUCUCUUUAUGGAAUUCUGGUACUAAGAAAAGUCUUUGGUGGAAGAAGCAUCUGACUCAGUUACAACUGAUUCAAUUCGUCCUGCUUACGGUCAUGGCUUUUAGCGUGGUUUUCCAUCCCAACUGUAGCUUUCCAAAGGCUCUGACUGCGGUAGGGUUAGCACAGAAUCUUUAUAUCACAUAUCUUUUCGGCACGUUUUACUACAAGACGUAUAUCGUCCCCUCAAAAAUGACACAUGUUGAAGACAAGAAGAUAGACUGAGCGUCACAUUUUUUUCAGUGAUAUAUAGGUUAAUUAGGUUUUUGUUUAUUAUUAUCGAGAGAUUAUUAUGUUUGUAGUUGGAUUAUGUGACUUUAAAAACUGAUUUCAAUGAAAUUAAAAGUAUUUAUUUUA